GACUAAAGCAUUAUGGGUAGAACAUGGGGUGAAUUGCGUAAGGUUACCAUCGGUCGGAGAACCGGCGGAUGCGGGGAGUGACCCGAUUCUUGGUCCAGUCGCUGCCCCGAUGCAGCGGAUCGCCGGCCUCGCUGCACGCCGGGAUCUCCGCGGCCUCGCAGCCGGGGCUCAGGCCUGGAGCAGCGGCUCCAUCUGCAGCAGGGACCCGGCGUUCCGGUGCCAACAGCGGGGGAGAUGGUGUUCGGGUCCCGGGCGUCCUUUAAGCACCGAACCUGGGCAGAGAUGCUCCAGGCGGAGGUUCGUGUUUGCCGGGGGGAAAUGCAGACUGUUCAGCUCCCGGGCAGGAACCGAGGAGCCGCCGGGGAGCCCCGGAUCCCAGCCCCACAUCUCUGUGGUGGGCAUCCCGGACCCGCUCACCUGGAUCCGGUGUAGAGUCAUAACGCUCCUGAUUGAGCUUUACUUUGAGGUGGACAUCAACUCUGCAGAGUUUCACAGAGGAGUAAAGCAGGCUUUGGUCCAUGUUUCCAGCAAGAUGUCCAGAGGGAGAUACCAUGAGCUGAAAGGGGUCGUGACCGAUGAGAUGAGGGAAUACGUGGAGGAGAAGUGCAAGCCUCUCACUAAGGCGCAGAGGAAGCAGCUCGCCGUCAAAAUGGAGGACAUCAUAUUUGUGCUACCAGAGGACCUCUCUGUUGUCUUCGAUGAACACGGUAGGAAGUUCUGCUUCGUCGUCAUGAGAUUUUGGUUCCUGUCGUCACACGAGGGUCCAGAUGACCCAGAGGGCACCAAAAUCUUCAAGGUGACCUCUGGAGAAGACGGGAGCCCUCAGAAGAAACUGGCAACCGCAGUUUAUGAAUUCCACGGAGAGCUAAAACCAGGGACGUCUCCUGAUUGGAUGGUAACAACCGUCUGGCACUGGCACUGGAAAAUGGCCGAGUGAAUUCACUUUGCAACAACGUCAGGAUUAAUCUGGAGAACUGACUGCUGGAUUUAAAUGGUUUGAAACAACGCACAUGAUGCAGAUUUCAGUCAUGGGAGAAAAGACUCGGCAGUAUGAUGGAAAAAUAUGUAAGGUUUUACAUAUCAGGACAUAGAAACAUCUUCAAAUUGUUUUAAAAUUUGGGUAAAUACAACCUCAAAUGAACAAUUUCAGACGUAUUGCAUCAUUCUUCCAAAUGCUGAAAAUCUUGGAAAAACAUAAUCAAUGACAGAUAAUAAAAUAGAAAAUCCUUUAUUGUUAAAAAAACUGUUGGAAAAUUCAAGUGUAACAACAAAUAUACUUAACAACAAAUAUACUUGCAAAUGGAAGCAUUAAUAUUGAAACUACGGUAAGAAAUAUAAAACCUGAACAUGUAGAUUUUGGAAAUGAAACUGGGAAGGGUUGUCAAAGGUCUCAAAUUGACUUUAGUUUUCAACAAAAGAAUUUUAAAAAUCUUUAAGUGAGAGCUAUUAUGUAAAAUGUACUUUUAUAAAGCGUUAUGUCAUGUUAUAAUGUUAUUGAGUGUUAUUACUCUGACCCAUCCAUUGCAUGGUUGAGAAAUCCUUGAAUUUUAAGAUACGACUAUGAUGCAAAGUCAAAUUUCCUUUAAGUUGUUUGUGAAACAUACAGCAUCUUCAUAAAACUGGAAAUAAUAUAGUUACUUGACUGUGCUGUAAAACGGCACGAUGUGGGUCACUCUUUUUGUAUUUAGCCGAGUUUAUUAAAUUAAUUAAAAGCAGAUUUGGGUGAAGCAAAAUUCACUUUUGAGUAAAAAUCUCUGGUGCUUGAAGAGAAUGCAGAAAGCGAAUCCUUUGUACCAGAGGUGUGACCAAGUCACUGUGUUGCAAGUCUCAAGUAAGUCUCAAGUCUCUGUCCUCAAGUCCGAGUCAAGUC